AUGACCUACAAUCCAUUGACAAUUGGGUGGGCAAAUGGAGCGACCUCAGUAGUCUCCUCGCGCUUUGCGUAUGGACUGAGUCUCCCACAACCUUACGAGGAAGCAGAAUAUACUCUAUUGAAGGGCACAGCCACAAAUAGCACACACUGGACUCUGACUGCGAAAUGUUCAGGAUGUACUUCUUAUAUCGGUAACGAUGGGUCGCUAACUGUGCUCAAUGGAACGGGGACAGCAUAUUUUGCUUGGGCUCAAGGUGGGAGUUCGGUGCAGGAGCCAGCAAACAACCAGUCAGCUUUCAAUAUUCAUAACCAAUAUGGGAAAUGGACCCAUAACUUGAACGCAGCACGCAGUUCGAAAUUUGCCGACUGGGUGGCGGCUAACCGUCUCGAAGAUGCUCCAACUACUACGAGCAGUCCCGUCACUACAGUACCAGCAACUGCCACGGAGACAACUUCUACCAAGACGACUCUGGAGACAAGCCCGGCUCCCUCAGCAACCAAUGGCGCGAUACCAGCUUCUUGUAGUGCCAGUGCACCAAAAUAUCCUUACAAGCUAGCGACUGGAUGGAAAGCUACGAAGGUUCUCGGUGGCCUGAGGACCCCUCGUGCCGUCAUUUCGGACACAUUAGGCAGCCUGCUAAUUGUCGAGUCCGGCAAAGGCAUUUCCGUACAUACCAUCUCCGCAGAUGGCUGCACUGGGGCUACUAAGAUGUUGAUAUCCCAAACCAAUCUCAACCACGGUAUCCAACUUAGCCCAGAUGGCAAGACACUAUAUGCUAGCUCGAUGACGCAAGUGUACCAAUGGACCUACGAUGCGGCCAGUCAAUCGGUUCAGGGUUCCUCCACGAUCAUAGUAAAGGGCAUGUACAAUGGUGGCCACCCUACGCGCACACUCGUUCUUGCGCCACACCAGCCAAAUUUGUUGGUGAUUUCUCUAGGAUCAAAUGCAAACUGGGAUUACGACUCUGGAAAUCCGAAUACGGGGCGCGCGUUGAUCAGGGCCUUUGACCUCAAUGCUAUCCCAAGUGGAGGGUAUGAUUAUAUCACUGGCGGAUAUUUGAUGGGAUAUGGGCUGCGAAAUGAGAUUGCUUUGACCUUCGAUGGGAAUAACAUGCUAUGGGGCUCGGAAAACAGCGGCGAUGAAUUUCAACGUACACCAUUGGGCCAAAAUACACAGAUUGAUGUGCACUCAGACAACCCCGCCGAGAAGCUCAAUUUCAUCGGCGAUGUUACCAAGCCAAACAAUAACUGGUACGGGUAUCCAACAUGCUUUACCGUUUGGGAACCAAGUCUUUUCACAGACACGAAAUUCUCAGUCGGAGACCAAUUUGUUGUGUCCCCCAAUGCCACAUUCAACGACGCCACCUGCAGAGAAAAGGUCACUUUACCGGCUAUGGGUUACCAGGCACAUUCAGCCCCAAUUGAUCACAAAUUCGACUCUACAUACAGCAAUUUGUUCGUCUCUUUCCACGGCUCCUGGAAUCGCCCGACUCCAACCGGAUACAAGCUGGUUGCUGUGCCUUUCACCAAAGGCAGCGAUGGGGCAUAUAAACCAGUCGCACCUCUGAACAGCAAUACUGGCUACCAAGAUAUCAUGUGGAACCCUGAUCUCACGGUGUGCACCACUGCGUGCUUUAGACCAGCCGGUUUAAUGUUUGAUAAAGUAGGAAGACUGUACAUGACUAGCGACGCUCCAGGUGAGGGAGAAUUGUGGGUUCUCGGGCAGUCAUGA